AUGACAGAAAAAGUUGGGCCUGAAGUGUAUUGUGCACCUGAAGGGAUAUACUCAAAAGAUAUUACAAAGGCAUAUGAUAUCUACUCCUUGGCAAUUAUAAUAGUCGAAGCAUUCCAAAAGAGACCAGCUUACUCGACUCUCGGAAGUUCAUGGGAUGUCAUCAACUUCGUAAGCAAAGGUAAACGAAUGGACAUCGACAAAGUCAUUCCAAAUAGUAUUGGCGAGCUAGUGAAAAAGAUGUGGGAUCAAGUCCCCGAGAAAAGACCACAAAUUGCAGAAGUCUUGCCACCACUCAAGAAUGCACAGAAAGAUGUGGAAAGCAUGGAUAAGACUAAAAGUACUGAAAUUGCAGUGUCUACUGACUUUGAUAUAGUAGACUCUAUCCUUGGACCAAGCACUGCUAUUCCUGUGGUUGCUAAACCUUCAGUUCGACCUUCACAACCACCUCCACUUCAACUCGAACAUCACGAGGAACAGAUGGAAACACUGACUCCGAGCGAAAGCAAACACGAGAGUCAACUUGAUACUAAAGUUGCAGAUGAUUUGACGGCUUCAUUAUUAGGAGACCUCUAA